AUGUCCCUGAAAUACACCAACAAAUUGCAAGGCAAGCGAGUGGUUAUUGUUGGGGGUACCAGUGGUAUUGGAUUCGCCGCUGCUGAAGCAGCUGUAGAAUAUGGUGCAAUUGUGGUGGUGGCCAGUUCCAGGCAGGAAAAGGUCGACAGGGCUGUUGAGAGAAUCCAGAAAGCGUACCCGAGCGCAGGAGACCGUAUCCGCGGCAAGACCGUCGACUUGAGCUCGGACGACGUGGAGGAGCAGAUAGUGGCUCUUUUCGACUUUGCGACUGACGGCGGGAAACACAAAUUACACCAUGUUGCAGAGACAGCUGGCGGAACCUUUGGGGUGAUGCCUCUUGCCGACGUCACGCCAGCGGCCACUGCAGAAGUCUACAAGGUCCGAAUCACCGGCUGCACGAUGCUUGCAAAGGUCUCUAUGCGAUACCUCGAGAACAGUCGCACCUCUUCUUUUACGUUGACCAGUGGAGUGAGCGACGCCAAACCCACUGCUGGAUGGACGGUCAUGGCUCCCAUUGGAGCAGGGAAGAGAGGGCUGACUCACGCUCUCGCCAACGAUAUGAAACCUAUCCGCGUCAAUUGCGUUUGCCCCGGCGCCGUCAAGACGGAACUGUUUGAUAGUUUUGGGGGAGAGGGACUGCGGCAAAUCUUGGACUUUUACACGGCCAGGUCGUUGAUCAACACCAUUGGCGCCCCCGAGGAUCUGGCGGAGUGUUAUCUUUGUGUCAUGAAGAACAACUUUAUGACUGGGCAGGAGAUUACUGCGGACGGGGGGUUUCUGCUGUGCUAG